UGCUUACUCUCGCGAGAGCUGACAGUUGCCAUAGUUACGGUAGUAAACAGUUUGCUCGAGGUGUGUUAAACUGUUCUUUGAGUUAGAGAUCUCGCUUCAGAAACUGAUUGAUUAAAAAUUAUUUUUAUAUAUAAAACUUCAUCUUACUUUUUUACCUUCGUGUCCCGUCUUUCAGCAGGAAGGUGAAUCAAAAGCCAUGAAUUCGAACAACUUUGUGGUUCUUCCCAACAAGUCCAAAUCUGUAAAGCUGAAAGUCAGAAAUUUGCGUGAGCUGCGUAUGGAGACUGCACAGCUUAGCCAGGACAACAAGGGCAUGGAGAACCGUCUGCAGCAACUCCGAGAAGUCAUGAGCCGUGAGAAAGUGGAGAGAGAGAGGUAUGGUGCUUUUCGCUGGAAAUCUGCUCAGACCCAAGAUGGAACAAAGGAAAUAGAGAAAAAGCUGAACAAAAGUUCUUCCGGCAAGAUAAAAAUCAAAGUGUUGAAGGAUGAGACUGUGCCAGCUGAAAAGAUGCCAAAGCCUCCACCUCCGAAAGAUGGACAAAGCAAAAAAUCCAGGCUGAAAAGAAAAGUGUGUGGCCAGUGUGAAACACGAACUGCUGGACUGGUGUGUGCAGAAUGCGCUGAGGAUUACUGUGUCGGCUGUUUUGCCAAAUUCCACCAGAAGGGGGCACUAAGGCUCCAUCACAUCAUUCCCAUGCAGGCCGAGCUACAAACCUCUAUUAGCACACUGGAUGUGUUCAAUCGUUUUCAGAAGAAGACUCAAAGUGAGGAGGAGUAUCACAAUGGUGAUGAGAGACCAGAUUCAAAGCACAGUGCAACAUCUUCAUCUCUCCAUCCUGUUUCUGUUAACCAGAUACACAGCACACAAGAGUUGUUUGUGGACAAUGCGGAUAAGGAGAAUGAAGACUCUUUACUGAGAGGCAGUUUUGAUGAAGAGGAAUCUUCCAGAAGUUUUCAGCAAGCUCUGAAUGAGUGGAGAGCAGGAAACACCCAUAGCAACAGAGAACAUCAGGAACAGAAUCACAGUGUACAAACUUCUCGAUCAGUGAGUGUGGAUGUGAAGGAGGCCCAGGCUGGAGGACAAUCUCAUAUACGUAUUGAGUUCAUGGAUCAUGGACUAAGCUACAUGGAAAAGCUGUUGCUGAAGAAACACCGCAGAACACAGAUUGAAUCUUACCAGUUGCUUUCCAACCAAAGAUCUCUACAGGAUGUGACUACAAAAACUCAAACACAGCCAGCUGAAGAGACCCAAGACACUCAGGAACUUACAGCGGAGGAGAUGGAUCUGCACCACUACUGUGCCUCUCUUUUCGCUGUUUCCAGCUCAGCAGAAGCAGGAAAAACGAAUAACAUUUUCAAAUCGUACCUGAGUAUCACUGAGAUAGAUGAGACAGCAGGAGACCCUCUGGUGGAUGCUUCCUUUGGAGUCAAGCAGGGAGAUGAUAAAAAAGUAAAACAAAGUGGAGAUGAAGUUCAACUGCAUCCAACAAAGCCACUGGAUUUCUUACAUAAAUCUCAAACACUUGCUAAUGAAACAAUUCUGAGUGGGUCAUUAGAAUUACUCUCACAAUCUCCGCCAUCUGAACAGAUCUUGUUCUCACCCACAUUAACAGGCUCAGAAUUGCUAAGCGAAGAACAAAACAAGGAACAUGAACUUCAAGGAGUACAACCACCAAAAUAUCUUAAACCACAGAUAUCAAAAUAUCCACCAAAAACCAAGUCAACACUCAAAUAUAAAACAGAGGUUUGGGAUUCCUGUUCUUUUACUUCAAUUUCUUCUCAAUCCCAUAAUAGUCCAUUAAUUAACAUGUCAAUUCAGAGUCAGUCACUGGAGUUCGAUGUACCCUCCAAUCCAAAACAAUCAAAUCAAACAAGAUCCAACACUCCAAACCCCACAUUGCCUUCUCAUUCGGUAGAGGAGGUGAAGUGUCAAACAAAGCCACAUAAUUCCUCACCCAGCUUUUUUGAAUCUGCUAAUAACACAACACUAGGGCAGUUAAUUCAAUCACCACCCUCUGAUAAACUUUCAUCAUUCACUUCUAACAAAUCUGAAAAAGCGAAUAUCUCUGCUAGCAUAUACAGCCCAUUACCUGUCUUAAUAACAGCACAUCAACAAGGAGAACUUCAAAAAGCAACAUCACCAAGACACAAUGAUUUUCCCAAAUCACAGAUCCCAAAAAGGCCAUCUGCACCACAAUCCAAGGCAGUAGUGGAUUGGGAAUCCUCGCUUUCUAUGCAAUCCCACAGUCCAUUGCUUUCCUCAUCGGAAGCGUUUUCUACUUCUGUAAUGCCGAAACUGAGCACAAUAUCUCCAGAAGACCAGUGUGCCACUGUAUAUGCUGAAGUUCCCACCUCAUCAUUGUCAAAGCCUGUCCAAGUAGAAGAGGAUGAAAAAAUGCUUACUCAAUCAUUACAUUCACCAAGACAUGUUGACUUUCAUAAACCCCAAACUCCAAGAUCACCACUAAAAGCCACGUCUACACAGAGCAUAGAUUCCACUUUUUCCCCUCAAUCCCACAGUCCAUUGCCCUUGACAUCAAUUGAAUGCCUCUCACCAGCAUUUUCCAUUUCCUCCAGGACAAAAUUGAGUCCAACACCUACAGAACUCUAUCAUAUUAAAGCUAAAGCUCUGACCCCACUGUCUACUAAAUCUUUCUCUCAGACCGAAAGUGGUAACACUCCAUCACAGUCCCAGCCACCUUCCGAAUUUCAGAAAUCACCUUUAUCUGCAGGGCAGUCAUCCUCAGACGACGAGGAACCAUAUUUUUUACCGUUAGGAUCAUCAUCAUUUUUGGCAAAGUCAGAAGUCCUGCGAAGCUCGCCCCCUCUUCACCUAAACUCAUCAAGUUCAGAUAUGUCAAGUGACAGUUUUGGCAUAAUGCUUACUGAUGGAGACUCUUCUGGUGACGAAAUGAGAAGAAUGCAGGACAUGAAGGAAGAGGAGGAAAGAAAUACAUUUUCUUACCCUCCCUCUCUGUUUCCCAACUCAGAUGUUCUUUUCCCCUCUCAGAGUUUCACGACUAAAGAGCAGUCAGGCAUCUUUACAAAACCCUCCUUGGCUGUAAGCUCAUUAGCACAGACACACAACAGUGUGUCCACAAACUACCAAGGACUGGAUGGCUUUUUCACACUGGGCCUAGAAUCCAGGUCUGUUCCACUGACUCCUGCUGUGGAACACACAGCUCCGGAGAUGCAUACACACUCCACAAACUCUGAGACUUUUAUGUCAGGUGACAGUAUCUGGAGACCAGAGAGCAGUCUCAGUCAUCACGCAGACCCCAAGCUUGUUAAGGAAGUGAAUAGUCAGGCAAUCAGUAUCGCAACAUCUGUUACACCACUCAGUAAAAUGGAGUCUUCUCGGAGGUGGAGUCCUUCAGGUUCCUCUGCUCAAGUCACUCAGCAUGCUUCUCAUCCCGUUUCUCGAGCUGCUCUGGAGAAUUUGAACAUUCAGAGUGUGGAUCAAGCUGAGGUUACACAAUUCAAACAGGAUGAAGAUGAUCUGCUCACUAUUGCCGCUCUGGAGGAAGAGUUCAAAUGUAUGAGUGCUGAACCAAAUAUGUUUGGAUCAGAAGGAGAUGAAGACAAUAGAUUUUUAAAUUAGAUUUACAUUUUUUAACCAUAUAGUAUUUUUACAACAUAAAAAAAUUUUAUAUAACCAAAAUUAGUCUUUCAGUUUGUUAUUUAAAUAGUGGUUGGUUUAGUCGUCAUGAUUGUUUAAGUCUAUCAAAUAACAAUAUAUAAGUUGUUGAUUUCAAAGAUGGUAUGCAGUAUCGGAUUACUGUAAAUUGUCAGUUAUGUGAUGCCUUCUGACUUUCCACUUGAAUUUGUAACAUGGCUGUGUAAAUUUGUUCCCAUUCAAUCCCUAAAGCAUUAAUGAGGACAGGCAGGGUCAGCAUUCCAACACACCCUUAUGGUGUUUUUAAUGGGGUUGAUUUGUGUAGUGCUUUUAGCAGUAAACAUUGUCAAAAAGGAUGCUUUACAAAAAUAUAUCGAUUCUGCAGGUGAUGAGGUUAAUGAAUAUCUCUUUAAUAUUAUUUUAGGAAAAAACUUUGAGAGGAACCAGACUCAAAUAGAGAACUCAUUCUUAUAUGGGUGAUUCCAGAUUGUAAAUUAUGUUUCUUCUAUAACUGUGUACUAUAUAGUCAAAAUGUGAGUCACCAUAUAACAUUCAAUGCUGACCAGAUGAAGAAGGAGCUUGGGAAACUAAACAAAGGUGUGGGAUAGGAUGGCAAAACUGAAAAACUAAAUGGAAUUCUACAGUGUACUUUCAGUCUAAGCCAAAUAUGGUGCUUGGUAACUGUAAAACUUCAUGUGCUCCAAAGGAAACCAUACCAUAGCAAGUAUGGACAAAUCUGUUCUUCUCUGUUUGAGUUUCUGUUUCAGUUUUUCUUAAUUCCAUCCCCAAUUAGUCAGCUGUAAUAGACAGGCUAGAAGAAAUUAAAGGUGCAAAGAUGGCAGAGAUGGUGCCUCCAUUAGUUAAAAAGUAUUAAAGGACAGCUGGACUGGUGCCUGGGUGUUGAAUUUGUUAACAUUGCACUAAAUUGAGAUGUACUAAAAUGUAAUCGAAUAUGCCAAGGGAUGGCAGAUGAGCAAACUGAUAUGCCUUAAUGGAAUAUAAAGAUUAAGUGUCCUAUUGUCUCGUGUUACAUUACAUACAACAGACAGGUCUACUUAUUUACAUUUUGUCCUUGUUUUUGGAUGUAUACUUUCCUCUAUGUUCAGUGACCUUGUGCUUGCAUUAGGCUCUGUAUAAAUUAAAUUGUUAAUCAUGAUAAAUCCAGAUUUAUUUAGCUGGUUAAAUCUAUAUUGUCUCAGUUUUUAACUAGGAUAUACUAGAAGACUAUACAUUUCCCAGUUGCUCAGUAAGGACAACUUCAACAACAUAAAAAGCAACAGAGACUUUGCUACAUUCACAAGUUCCAACUAAAGAAACAAAAAAAAGCAUGCGUUCAAGCAUCCAUUGUCCUCUAAUUGUGUCCGUCUGUUUCUUUUCUUCCCGCUCCGCUUCUUUCUCUUUGUCUAUAUGCUGCUGUCUUUGUUUUCAUGUUCUGCAUAUCCUCCCUGAGCUCAAGGAUUCAGUUGAAUAAAUGCUUGUAAAACCCUUUACCGUGACAAGAUAAGUAUAAUAGUAUUGCACAGUUUCAUAUGUAUAGGCUUUGGGCUGUGGGUAUUUGUGUAACUUGGUAUAAAAUGUAAGCAAGCUUAAAUAAUUUGGUGUCUUCUAGUAUGUGUUUCCAAAUCUGCGCUGGAGGCAUGUGAUCUCAAGUGUGUCACUUUGCUUUAUUAGUUGCUGUGCUGUGUGUUGUGUAACAGGAUUCAGAGAAGUGUGUCUGUCUGUGCAUGUGCUCUUCCCACAGGCUACAGCAAACAUCUCCUUCAGUUGUCUUUCUUUCUUUCUUUCUUUCUUUCUUUCUUUCUUUCUUUCUUUCUUUCUUUCUUUCUUUCUUUCUUUCUUUCAUUAAGUAAGUAUUUAUAGAGUAUAAAAGAGUAUCAUCUUAGCUUUUUUCUAUCACAAUGUAAUAUCCAAUAUAAUAGGAUAGUUGGUCCACCAUGUGCCACUAAAACAGCUUAAAAAUCACCAUUUCAUGGAAUCUACAAGACAAAAUAUUUAAGAACUUCUUCAAAUCAGUGAGUGGACUUAAGCUUUUGACUCAUUGGUGUAUACUGAUGUACGUAUGAUGUUGUGUAUAUCAUACUGAAAAGCCAUCAAAUAAAACUUAAACUCUAGUUUACAGUCAAAAUACAUUUCAUGAUAUUUGAAGAAAUUAUUAUUAUUAUUAUUAUUAUUAUUUUUUUUUUUUUGCUUUCUUUAAUUUGUAAAUGGUUGAAUAGCAGAAAAUAGAAAGUGUGAAAUCCUGUAUACCUGCACAUUCUAAUAAGCAAUUAUGUGGUAGUGUAAUGCAUAUGCAGAUACAUGUCAAGAGCACCAUGUUACCAUCAAACUGUAGGGGCACAAGUUUGAUCCUAGUGAUUUUAUCCCUAGCAUGGUUAACAUUAUGGGUGUAACCCACUGUAUUUCUGAAACUGCUGCUCACUUAGGAUUUUCAUUAACAGCAGUCUUUAAAAGAUAUGCAGACGUUAAAAAUAAAAAUAAAAAUAAAAAGUUACUGAGCCUUAGUUAUAUGGACAGAAAUGCCUGGUUGGGGAGAGUCACCAGAGAAUAUUCAGACUAAUUUAAGAUGAGUAAAAUAACUGACUUUGCUAACUCUCUCUGUAGGUAGUCUUUAGUCUAAUGAGCUGCUUUCGACUAAAUUAUUUACAUAAAUGAAAUGUGAAUGAAUGUGAUUGGCUAAGCUACAAUAGAUGGUCUCCUAUUUGCUGAGUCAUUUUCUAUCUUUUUCUCUGUAUUCAUUUUAGCAUCAAUCAUGACUUUCCAUGAUAUUAGAUGAAAAGGGCAAACAUUUCAUAACUAUUAAUAGCUGAGGUACAGUUUGUGUUAUACUCAAACAAUUUACAUGUGGGUGAGCUGCAUAUUAUCAAAUUUUAAUAAAUUUAUUUUUGUAAAUUUUUCUUUAUAUAAUG